GCCAGGCCAGGCUUGCGGUAACCGGUGCCGCUCUUGCAUCAGCCUCCGCACGCACGUGGGGCCAAUGCGAGCGGCAGCCGGGACUCCGUCAGCGCCCAUCCCCGUCUCGCCGUGCUCGGGGCAGCACCGGGCUCCCCGGCAGGACGGAGCGACUCUGGCAGCAACUCGGGGCUGGAGGGGUUUUGCGCAGCUGAGCAGCAGCCACGAGAGGACAAGAUGCUGGGGGAAAAAGUGAGCAGCGUAGGGAAGAAGCUGAUCCGGCGCCGCAUGGUGGAUCUGAGCUCUGAGGACACACGUUUUGCUCGCUGCCUCUCCACACUGGACCUCAUAGCCCUGGGGGUGGGCAGCACACUGGGGGCUGGUGUGUACGUGCUGGCUGGGGAGGUGGCCAAGGAGAUGGCUGGUCCCUCCAUUGUCCUCUGCUUCCUGGUAGCUGCUCUCUCAUCUGUACUGGCUGGACUCUGCUAUGCAGAGUUUGGGGCCCGUGUACCCAAGACUGGCUCCGCCUACCUCUACAGCUAUGUCACGGUGGGUGAGAUUUGGGCUUUCACAACCGGCUGGAACCUCAUCCUCUCCUAUGUGAUAGGUACAGCCAGCGUGGCUCGAGCCUGGAGUGCAGCAUUUGACAAUAUCAUUGGCAACCACAUCUCUACCUUCUUCAUGAACAAGACCACCUUGCAUGUGCCGGGGGUGCUGGCUGAGCGCCUGGACUUCUUUGCUGUCAUCCUGAUCGGGCUGCUCACCGCGCUGCUGGCCUUUGGUGUCAGCGAAUCUGCCCUCGUCAGUAAGAUCUUCACGGCAGUUAACUUGUUGGUGCUGGGCUUUGUCAUCAUCGCUGGCAUUGUGAAGGGAGACAUCAAAAAUUGGCAGCUCUCAGAGGAGGACUACAUCAACCACUCACACCUUCACCCACUGGAUAACAUCGAGAAGAAAGCCUUUGGCUCCGGCGGGUUUGUCCCCUUUGGACUGGAAGGGAUCCUGACUGGUGCAGCCACCUGUUUCUAUGCCUUUGUAGGCUUCGACUGCAUUGCUACCACAGGGGAGGAAGCCAGGAACCCACAGCGCUCGAUCCCCAUUGGCAUCAUUGUGUCCCUCCUCAUCUGCUUCGUGGCUUAUUUCGGGGUCUCUGCAGCCCUGACCUUCAUGGUGCCCUACUUCCUUUUGAACAAGGAGAGUCCCCUGCCUGAGGCGUUCAAGGCAGUGGGCUGGGAGCCUGCUCGCUAUGCUGUUGCUGUCGGCUCUCUCUGUGCCCUCUCCACCAGCUUGCUGGGCUCCAUGUUCCCCAUGCCCCGUGUGAUCUAUGCCAUGGCAGAGGAUGGGCUGCUCUUCAAGUUUCUCUCCAGCAUCAAUAGCCGCACAAAGACCCCUCUGUCAGCCACCAUCACCUCGGGGCUCUUCGCGGCGGUGAUGGCCUUCCUGUUUGACCUGAAGGAUCUGGUGGACCUCAUGUCGAUUGGCACACUGCUGGCCUACACGCUGGUGGCAGUGUGCGUCCUAAUUCUCCGGUACCAGUCUGGGCAUCUGAACUCCCCGAAGACCAUGGAAAUGCUGGAGAUGAAUGGGAACAAGGAGGAGACGGUGAUCAUGAACCCGACCCUCACCACUGCCAGCAGCCAGCAGAGGGAGAAGCUGUCCAUGGCGGCGCUCUUCAGCCCACCCGCAGAUUCCCCCACUGCACUCUCUGGGUGCAUCGUCUACGUCUGUGUCUCAGUCAUCGCCACACUGAUCACGGUCAUCUGCAUGGUACUCACCCUCAAGGUGACCUCUUUGAAGGAUGCGAGCAUGGGCUGGAUCAUGACCCUGGUACUGCUCCUUGUGGCUCUGCUCAUUCCCACCAUCAUCGUUUGGAGGCAGCCGCAGAGCAGCACACGACUGAACUUCAAAGUCCCUUUCCUCCCGCUCCUGCCAGUUGUCAGCAUUUUCGUUAACGUCUUGCUGAUGGUGCAGCUGAGUGCUGGCACCUGGGUACGAUUUGCCGUCUGGAUGGCCGUGGGUUUUACCAUUUACUUUGCCUAUGGGAUCCGGAACAGCGUGGAAGGGAAGACCGUGGAGGAGCCCUGCGGGCCGGCAGAAAAGCCUCUGCACCGCCCGGGACUGGACCCUAGCCCUGGGGCUGCUGCAGUCUGAGGCACUCGGCAGUGGCACUCUGUGGACCUCUGCCAGCAUCCCCGCCGGGUACCAGGCCAUGAUCUGCACCGUCCCUGCAUCCCCUCUCGCACAGGUUGGGGGUCUCAGGGUCAGGACUGCAGAGCUGGGCUGUGUGCUGCCCCUUCCCCUGGCAGAGCAGAGGUCAUGGAGAUGAGUCCAUGGGCUGGGUAGGAGCCUCGGUCUCUGCCACCCCGCAGCCCUGCCGAGGGGCAGUGGCACUGGCACAGCCCUGCCGCUGUGCCAGCUGCUGCCAGAAAUGCUGCUUUCCCUGCGCAGGGGAGGCCCCAUGUGAGGGUGCAGCUGUGCCCAUCCUGUCUGUCCAUGUGUCUGUGGUGGCCACCUCCCCUCUGCACUUCCUAAGUGCCAGGGGUGGAGGGGCAGCCAUGAGUGCAGCCAUGGACAAGGCUGGAGGCAGCUUGUUCUGGUACCACCAGCAGCCCGGUACUGCCUGGCAAGAGGGGGCUCAAGCAGCCAAACCCUUCCUCUGUGCCCAGGGUUUGCAGCUGGCUGAGCCCCGCACUGCCUUGGCCAUGCUGCUUGGUGUGAGCAUCGAGCUCAGGUGCCUAUGAAGAUGCCCACAGUGCAGCUGUGCCCGUGUCCAGCCUUUGCAUAGUUGGUGUUUACUGUCUUUGUAGAAUUGCUGGUGUCUUCGUGGUGACUUUUAUACCUACGAACUAAAUGGGGUUUAAGUGCUUG